GAAGUAAUUGAAGAAGCUUUUCCUGGUAUGUUCAUGGACACUCCUGAAGAUGAGAGAACCAAACUGAUCAGCUGCCUGGGUGCCUUUAGACAGUUCUGGAGCAGUCUUUCCCAGGAAUCCCAUGAACAGUGUGUCCAGUGGAUUGUAAGAUUCAUUCAUAGCCAACAUAGUCCUAAAAGAAUUUCUUUUCUUUAUGACUGCUUAGCAAUGGCAGUAGAAACUGGACUUUUGCCACCCAGGAUGGUUUGUGAAUCUCUGAUAAACUCUGAUUCGCUUGAAUGGGAAAGGACACAGUUGUGGGCAUUAACAUUUAAAUUGGUCCGGAAGAUUAUUGGAGGUGUAGACUACAAGGGUGUACGGGAUCUGUUGAAAGUGAUCCUAGAGAAAAUCUUAACAAUUCCAAAUACUGUGAGCUCGGCUGUUGUACAGCAGCUUUUAGCAGCAAGAGAGGUGGUAGCCUACAUUUUGGAAAGAAACGCAUGUUUGUUACCUGCCUACUUUGCAGUUACAGAAAUCAGAAAACUGUAUCCUGAAGGAAAACUUCCGCAUUGGCUACUAGGUAAUUUAGUGUCAGAUUUUGUGGAUACCUUUAGACCUACAGCAAGAAUAAAUUCCAUUUGUGGUCGCUGUAGUCUUCUCCCCGUGGUAAAUAACUCAGGUGCCAUGUGUAACUCAUGGAAGCUGGAUCCUACAACCCUUCGCUUUCCUUUGAAAGGUCUCUUGCCAUAUGAUAAGGAUCUGUUUGAGCCACAGACUGCUUUGUUGAGAUAUGUGCUGGAACAACCGUAUUCAAGGGAUAUGGUCUGCAAUAUGCUAGGUCUGAAUAAGCAGACCUUGAACAUUGCUCAGCACAAGCAGCGCUGCCCUGUGCUGGAGGACCAGCUGGUGGAUCUUGUGGUGUAUGCCAUGGAACGGUCUGAGACAGAAGAGAAGUUUGAUGAUGGUGGAACCAGUCAGCUUCUGUGGCAGCAUCUCUCCAGCCAGCUCAUUUUCUUUGUGCUCUUUCAGUUUGCAAGCUUUCCUCACAUGGUCCUGUCACUCCAUCAAAAGUUGGCAGGCCGUGGUCUCAUUAAAGGAAGAGACCAUCUGAUGUGGGUGCUGCUCCAGUUCAUAUCUGGCAGCAUCCAGAAGAAUGCACUGGCUGACUUCCUCCCGGUUAUGAAGCUUUUUGACCUCUUGUAUCCUGAGAAAGAAUGUAUUCCUGUACCUGAUAUUAACAAACCCCAGUCAACUCAUGCUUUUGCAAUGACCUGUAUUUGGAUUCAUCUGAAUCGGAAGGCCCAUAGUGACAACUCCAAGUUACAGAUUCCUAUUCCUCAUUCUCUUAAACUUCACCAUGAGUUUUUGCAACAGAGUUUAAGAAAUAAAAACUUGCAGAUGAACGACUACAAGAUUGCCUUGUUGUGCAAUGCUUAUUCAACCAAUUCAGAGUGUUUCACUUUGCCAAUGGGUGUACUAGUAGAGACUAUUUAUGGAAAUGGCAAUAUGAGGAUACCUCUUCCCGGGACUAAUUGCAUGGCAUCAGGGUCUAUUACCCCGUUGCCAAUGAACCUCCUGGACUCACUCACAGUUCAUGCCAAAAUGAGUCUGAUUCAUAGUAUAGCUACGAGGGUGAUUAAGUUGGCUCAUGCCAAAUCUAGUGUGGCCUUGGCUCCUGCUCUUGUGGAAACCUAUAGUCGCCUGUUGGUGUAUAUGGAAAUAGAGUCCUUGGGCAUCAAAGGCUUUAUCAGUCAGCUCCUGCCAACGGUGUUCAAAUCUCACGCAUGGGGCAUUUUGCACACUCUGCUAGAAAUGUUCAGCUAUCGGAUGCAUCACAUCCAGCCUCAUUACAGAGUCCAGCUGCUCAGCCAUCUUCAUUCCUUGGCUGCUGUGCCACAGACUAAUCAGAACCAGCUUCAUCUGUGUGUUGAGAGUACUGCUCUAAGGCUCAUCACAGCUUUGGGCAGUUCGGAAGUCCAGCCACAGUUUACACGAUUCCUCAGUGAUCCCAAAACAGUUCUUUCGGCAGAAUCAGAAGAACUCAACAGGGCUUUGAUCUUGACUCUAGCAAGGGCAACGCACGUGACAGACUUUUUCACAGGCUCUGAUUCAAUUCAAGGAACUUGGUGCAAGGAUAUACUGCAGACUAUCAUGAGUUUUACUCCACAUAACUGGGCGUCACACACACUAAGCUGUUUUCCAGCUCCUCUGCAGGUGUUCUUCAAGCAGAAUAACGUGCCGCAGGAAAGCCGGUUUAACUUGAAGAAGAACGUGGAAGAAGAAUACCGCAAGUGGAAGUCUAUGACCGACGAGAAUGAUAUAAUCACGUACUUUUCUAUGCAGCAUUCACCCCUACUUUUCCUCUGUCUCCUGUGGAAGAUGUUGUUAGAGACUGAUCACAUCAAUCAAAUUGGCUACAGAGUGUUAGAAAGAAUUGGGGCCAGAGCUCUGGUGGCACAUGUCAGGACAUUCGCAGAUUUCCUGGUGUAUGAAUUCUCUACCUCUGCGGGAGGCCAGCAACUCAAUAAAUGUAUCGAGAUUCUCAAUGACAUGGUGUGGAAAUACAACAUUGUAACGCUGGAUAGGCUGAUACUGUGCUUGGCCAUGCGUAGUCAUGAAGGAAACGAAGCUCAAGUCUGUUACUUCAUAAUUCAGUUACUCUUACUGAAGCCUAACGAUUUCCGAAACAGAGUGAGUGAUUUUGUGAAGGAGAAUUCUCCAGAGCACUGGCUGCAGAAUGACUGGCACACUAAGCAUAUGAGUUAUCACAAGAAAUAUCCUGAAAAGCUGUAUUUUGAAGGCUUGGCAGAACAAGUCAAUCCCCCAGUUCAGAUCCAGCCCCAGUACUUACCAAUUUAUUUUGGAAAUGUAUGCCUGCGCUUUCUGCCAGUGUUUGACAUUGUAAUCCAUAGAUUUCUGGAAUUGCUUCCAGUGUCCAAAUCACUAGAAACACUAUUGGAUCAUCUGGGAGGUUUAUACAAAUUCCAUGACCGUCCAGUGACUUACCUGUACAACACCCUUCACUACUACGAGAGGCAUCUCAGAGAGCGCACCAACCUCAAGAGAAAACUUGUUCACGCCAUAAUUGGCUCUCUCAAAGAUAAUCGCCCACUUGGCUGGUGUUUAAGUGAUACUUAUCUCAAAUGUGCUAUGAAUGCCCGAGAAGAGAAUCCGUGGAUCCCUGAUGAUGCUUACUACUGCAAGCUCAUUGGAAGACUAGUAGACAAUAUCCUUGCAUCAAACAAGCUGUGCCAAUGUCGUAAUAGCUUCAUUUCAUCAAUACAUGAAAUUCAAUUUCCAUCUAUUCAG